GCAGCGGAGCGAGAGAUGCAGCGGAGGUGACAGCGGCAGCGCACGGACACCGCUCGGAUACAUGCGCACACACCGACACGACGCACACUCGCAUCGCUCCCGUUGGACACGUUCUGAACAUUUUCGCUUCCCGUGGGCUGUCCUCCCGCCAUGGGACCGGGCUCCGUGUCCGUGCUCUUCAUGACUCCUCCCCGGACGAUACAGCCGCGCUUGUGAACAUCUAACCGGGCCAGAAAAAGGCGAGGCUUUGGCGUUUCACCCAGAUGCCCUUCCCAGUUUGAGCGUACUUGAGGUGGGCCGCUGUGAGGAGAGUGCCCCCUGUCUGCAGACGGGAUGAGUGGCGGAGCAGAGCAAACAGACAUUUUGAGUGUCCUGUCUCUGGUCAAAGAGAGAUGGAAAGUGACAAAGAAGAUUGGAGGAGGAGGUUUUGGGGAGAUCUACGAGGCUUUGGACCUCCUGACCCGGGUCAGCGUGGCUCUGAAGGUGGAGUCGGCUCAACAGCCUAAACAGGUCCUCAAGAUGGAAGUCGCUGUGCUCAAGAAGCUGCAGGGCAAAGACCACAUCUGCCGCUUCGUGGGCUGUGGGAGAAACGACCGCUUUAACUAUGUGGUGAUGGAGCUGCAGGGUCGUAAUCUGGCCGACCUGAGGAGGAGCAUGUCCAGAGGAACCUUCUCCAUCAGCACAACUCUGAGGCUCGGACGACAGAUCCUCCAGGCGAUCGAGAGCAUCCACUCAGUCGGAUUUCUGCACCGAGACAUCAAACCCUCAAAUUUUGCCAUGGGCCGAUUCCCCAGCACCUGCCGCACCUGCUACAUGCUGGACUUUGGACUGGCUCGACAGUUCACCAACUCCUGUCAGGAAGUACGACCGCCUCGUCCUGUGGCAGGUUUUAGAGGAACAGUGCGGUAUGCUUCAGUCAAUGCUCACAAGAACAAGGAAAUGGGGCGUCACGACGACCUGUGGUCCCUGUUCUACAUGCUGGUAGAGUUUCUGGUGGGACAGCUGCCCUGGAGGAAGAUCAAAGACAAAGAGCAUGUGGGGAAACUGAAGGAGACAUACGACCACCGCCUCAUGCUCAAACAUUUACCUGCCGAGUUUGGAGUUUUUCUCGAGCACAUCUCCAACCUGGACUACUUCACCAAACCAGAUUAUCAGUUGCUGAUGUCAGUAUUCGAUAACAGUAUGAAGACUUAUAACGUUGUGGAGAACGAUCCGUACGACUGGGAGAGAACAGGGACAGACGGCUCUCUGACCAUCAGCACCGCCGCCACCACCCCCCAGCACCACACCCGGCUGACCCCUGCCCACAUGGGAAUGGCGAACGCGUCUCUUCUUCCUGGAGACCUGCUCAGGGAGAACACGGAGGAGGUGGUCCAGGACGAGCAGCUCAGUGACGGAGACAAUCCUCCAGAGCGCUCCCCUAUGCAGCAGCGCCCCCUGGAGGCUGACGUGUGGGAGGAGCUAGACCGCAACCGGAACAGAGUACGACCCAAGACUGGGACUGAGGACGACCACAGUAACAACCAGCUGCCCCUCGCCGCUCAGAGCCUGUACCCCGCUCAAGGGGCUUCUUCUCUGGGUAAACAUCACCCGGAGACGCCCCCCGACAGAGACGCACCUCUGCUCCGAAAACUACGGAACAUCCACAGCCUUGAGCAGGAGAAGAGGAGGAGUCUGGCCAGUCCCGAUCGCCUCAAUGAGGCAGGCAGACUGGAUAAUGUGGCUGUCCGUCCUGUCUCGGUGGACCGCGUGUGGCUGUGUGAGGAUGAGUUCUCCCCUAAAGCUGCGUCUCCGGCCUCCAUGGACCAGGGUGAGGGGGGGCCCAGCAGUGGAGGGUUUGUUGCCCUGAACCUGAGCUCCGUACAGGGGGACGUGGACUCCAGGGAGUGGGUGAUGGUGGAGAGACCCAGCCGAGGUGCUUCUCCCGGUGGUAAAGUGACCUCCAGCCCCUCGGAGGAAGAGGAGGAGGAGGCGGAGGAGCUUCAGCCUGAAGACCGGACACCGGGAUGGGGCAAGGAGAGCAGGCAGAGUCCUAGUCCUGGGAAAGCCGCGGCUCAGAGCCCUGUUUGCUCUGGGGCCAGUGUGAAGGACAAACUGGAGCUGAACGUGGGGGCUGGAGUGCUACCUGCAGUGACCCCCACCAGCCCAGGGGAGGCGCUAGCGGAGGGCAUGCUCACACAGCUGACAGCAGGGUCGGACAGCGCCCCCCAGUGCCUCAAUUUGGAGAAACACGCCAACGCUGAAUCUCCUGAACUGUCCUUUCCGCUGGACCGAGCCAAAAAUGAACCUCCAACCGAAACUACGGUGCCAAAGGAGGGACAAACUACAGCACCGAGCCCAGCCAGGAGCAGAGUCACUUCUCCUCUGUCCCCUCUUUCUCCUCCCAAAUCCCCACACAGUCCCGUCAAAGAUAUUAACGCCAACGGGAUGGUCCCAGUGCCGAAAGACGCUCAAAAUGACUGCAAAGAAACAAAAAAAAGUGACUUAUCUCCAUCAGACAAACCCAGAAGUCCUCUCUCUUACUCUCCUGUUGCUGUAAGGAAAGAGCCACAUCAAAGACAAAGCCGAAUACCCAUUUUGGAGCCUUCCAGCCUGUUUGAAGUCGCGGCUCCGGGCUCAGCUAAAGAAAAACUCCUCCAAAAGAAAGCGACGCAUUUCAACAAUAACAACAACGUCCCAUCACCCACGGCCUCACCAUCGCUGUCUGACCGCAGAGCACAAAUCGUGGCUUCGCUGGUCACUCGGGACCCCCUCUCCUCCGGGUCGGAUCGGUCCCAGGAUGAGGACUCGCUGCUGGGGUCGCGUUCAGACAGACAGGGGGAUGAGGCUCCGUCCCUCUCCUCCUCCUCCAGCCCCCUGUCCCGGAAGAGUCGAAUCCCUCGUCCGGUUCACUCUCCUGGGUCGUCCACGGAGCAGAUCCCCGGGCAGUUCACCCCCAGACCACCGCCGGGGAAGCCACCCACACGUACCACAGCGGAGAGCAGAAUGAGGCGUUUCCGUAUCCGUACCUCCAGCACGUCGGAUGCCGAGCUGUUGUCCUGCCUAGCUCAGCUGGUCCAGGGCUCCAGCAGAGGGGGGCAGUGUCUUCACUCAUGCAGCCCCAUCGGAGGCUCUCGUUCUGGGCUGUGCAGUCUGACCACGUCUCCUCUGCACCACCACCACCACCGCAGCUCCUCCGCCUCCCCCCGGAGCACCUCCUCCUUGCAGCGCUCCGUCAGCUCCUCCCCCUCUCGGCCCGGGAUGAACCGAAGCCACUCCCCUCCCAGUUUUUCUGGGUCUCCGCCAAGUCGCAGGUUCUAUUCCCACCACCCAGAGAACUGCUGCGGGCGCCAGGCGAGGUCGGGUCUGUUUCAUCCACAAAGAGCCAAAGCGUGCUCCAAAGAGGGAAAGUGCUCGGCUAAGCUCAGCAGAUAGUUCACCUCAAAACUACAGAUGCUCUACAGAGGCUAAUGCAGCUUUUUGGAUCAAUACUUUUGAGAAUGUUUCGAUAUCAGAGUUCAAGCGAUACCAGUGCAGAGAACAAACUGAACAUAUCAUAAUCUUAAAGGCACAUUACGUAACUUUUCAGAGUGUUUGCCAUCUGCUAGUCUCCAUGGAGAUGUCAUUGUUUUGCCUGGAAUAUUAAAUGUGUCUAUCGCUGUCAUAGACUGUUUAUAUAAACAUAGCUAACCUGCUAGCUGCCACGUUCCAAAUAGGAAGUGAUCAUGGAGUGCUUUCGGCUCCAAUUCACUUUACAUUGAAAAACUGUGUCCCCUCUCUCUGUAACCGCUGCUGUCAGACUCGUCACUUUGGUCUUAAAUGUUCGUAUUAACCCGCUGUACACAAUCUUGGGGUUUUUAUUUCCCUAUUGUGUCUAUAAAUCAAGAUAUGAACAUUAAAAACAAGCAAAUCAGGACGCCUUCUUUCCCUGAGGUCGCUCUCGCUAGCGUUAGCAACAGAUUUGAUUGACAGCGUGGCUAAGUGACCGCUCCCUGCUAAAACCAGUGGUACGGGUGGGAUGGGGCGUUACCUUCAACAGCCUCACUCCAGAUUGGCUCAAGGACAAGGAGGUGACGCGACUUCAGCCGUCCAAGUCACAGGUCAGAUCUAUGGAGAGGCGAGUCAGCUCACAGCGAAACUGCAUAUUUUAAAUAAUAGAAACACCUGUAAUUGGGUAAAUGCUGAUAUACAAGUUUAAAGCUAAGAUGUGGAACAUUUCAGGCAAAGCAAUAAGGUCACCAUAGAGACAAAAAUGUGACAAACUCCCACCAGAAAAGUUAGGUAGUGCACUUUUAACUGAUCUAAGAGUAAUGCUAAGAAGUUUUAUUUUAUCAGUAACUUUGCAACAGCUUUAUAUAAACAAAACAUUUUAACAUGAGCUGCGGCAACAGGAAAUAGUCUAUAGAUGAAGCGACUGGUUUAAUCCUGAUGUACGUCCUGCAGGUGAGGGAGGGUCAAAGACAAAAACUUGUUUACUGAACAGUGCGUUGUUAAUACUAGUGAUAAUGCUACGUCUGCCACAUAUAAGUCUACCAUAGAGCUUUCUACACUCAUUAUUUGUCCAUUUCUGAGUAGAUAUUUAUACAUAGGCCAUGUGUGAAGUGUCUUUCCAAAGGACACACCGUAUGCAGUACUAGUGGGAAUCUAACCGUCAACUUUCAAAUGUUCCAAUGAGGCAGACAGUUAUGACAUUUUCUUUCUUUAUAAUUUAUGGGAAGUAUUAGGAGCAAGGAACAGAUUGAAGGUCUAAGUUGAUUCCCAAAACUGUGUGGUGCUUUAGUCCGGGUUUAGUCCUGGUUUAGUUCUCAAUUAAGUCUGGUUUAGUUCUCGAUUAAGUCUGGUUUAGAUCUGUGUUAUGAUUCCUAGGUUAGACCAAAGUUAGCACUUAGAUGGACAUGGUUGAGUCCUGGUUUAGUCCUUGGUGUUAGACCUGGUUUAGUUCUGGUUUAGUACUGCUUUAGACCCGGUUUAGUCCUGGUUUAGUCCUGGUUUAGUCCUGGUUUAGUCCUGGUUUAGUCUGGUUUAGAGCAGCUUUUGUGUGGUGUUCUUGCUCUGUAAUCAGAAGCAUAUGUCCUUGUUUAAUCCUUGAAUAGACCUAGUUUAAUGCUGGUUUAGAACUGUGUUAGUCCUGGUUUAGUCCAGAUCAGUUGGUGAUUCUAUCCAGGGAUUUCAGUAUUAUGAGAAAUCAGUGCUGUUACCAUAGCAGUUACCAAUUU